GAAAUUGUUCAGAUUCUAACCUAUAAAUCAUUCAUAUUUAUAUUUUUCCAAAUGUUUUUAAUUUUAAUCCACAGAUGAGUAUUAUUAAAAUUAAUUUCAUCCAUUUUAAACUUUUUAACAAUCUAUUUAAACUGUUUAUUAUUUUUUAAUAUUUUUGCAAAUCUGGAUAAUCAAACUCAUUGAACAACCUAAUUUUACUUUUAUUUCUUUUUUAAUUUGGUUGUUUAUUUUCAAAUGAGUAUUCUCAGUACGGGUUUGGCCUCAGAGAUGAGGAUUUUGGUAUCUCGCCAGCACACUCAAAUGACUAGGGAGGAAAUAGAAUCUUGUUUUUCAAAUUUUUUAAGGUUAAUAGAGAACAAAAGUGGUGACCAUACCUUUGUUGAAAGCGAUAAGAACCGCUUUCUAUAUCAACUGGUUGAUAAUUUCUAUGUAUUUGUAAUGACGACCUUGGACUCAAACAUUAUUGAAGAUUUAAUAGUCCUAAAGACUUUAUGUGAAAUAGUUCAGAAUUUGGUUAAACCCGUUAUUAACGAAGAGAAUAUACUCAAGAAUAUUUUUGACAUACUCUUUUACAUGGAUGAGUUAGUGAGUAAUAAUCAGGGUGAAAACAUGGCGUUUGACCAGAUUAAAGUGUAUAUUGAGAUGGACUCCUAUGAAGAGAAAAUGCACAAAAAGGUCGAAAAAACCAAGGUUCGAGAGGAGGAGAAGAGGCGUGAGAUGUCAUCAAAGAUGGAAAAGAGAAAACAACUUGAUAAACUAUUUAUUGAUCCUUCAUAUCCCACUUCUCACUCGAGUUAUCAAGAACCGCCACCUGUUCAACAGGAACCGAAAAUCCAAUUACAAGCUCGUAAUUUAUCACCAUAUAAUACAAUUAAGAAGUUGAAGGAAAAGGAAAUUGCCAAGAUUGUUGAAGGCGAGGCACCAGCUGUUGUCCAAAUCAUCGAGACUUGUAACGGAAAUCUACACUUGGACGGAGAUGUUGAUUCUCUGAACGUACAAGGAGAACUGGUUACAACAGUGUUUGAGGAACAAGCACAGUCCGCAUCGCUACAAUUUACCUCAAAUAAGGAUAUUAAAAUGAAAUAUCACCCGAUGGUCGACAAAAAAAUGGUUACUAAAUCUAAAAUUGAACUUCAAAACGGGUUCAACUUGGCACAACCACUCUCAAUUAUUAAAUGGAAAUAUAAACUAUCAGAGGAUGAUUUCCCGCUAAGUGUUACUUGUUGGCCUAGUGAGGGCGCCACAGAAUGUGUAGUAGUGAUAGAAAUAACAAAUAACUCUGAACUUACGUUCACCGAUCUCACAUUUCAAGUCCUACACUCGAGAUUUGAUAACAUAAAAGUAAACUAUAAUGAGGGAGGAAAUGUGGAUUCUAACCCAGAUUCAUUAGUCUGGGUAGUUCCCACAUUUUCAGAGUCAGAUUCAGUCAAGCUAGAGUUCUCAACAACCACAGAUCUCAACAAUAUACUCCCGUUCACACUAGUUGCCAACUCUCAAGAUUCCUUAUCAAACGUAAAGGUUUUGGAAUGUUAUGAUAAAAAUAGUGGUGAGGCACUGGCGUUCCUGAGUAAAACUCAGUCAUGUUUGACAGUAACAAUCGGAGAAUGA